AAGGGGCAAGUGGGACGAGAUUGUCUCUGCCCUUCAAUUGGAAAGCAUGUCUCCCACGAUAGCUACUCAAGUUCAAAGGCUUUAUGCACAUCUUCUUUACAACUUUGAGCAGUCCAUCGCUAGGACUAAGGGUGCUCCCAAACCGCCAGCAGUCUCAGACUCAUUCUCAGGCCUUAAUUCUUUGAACAGCAAGAGCCCUGCCCUCAAGCGGAACAAUAAGAACAGUUCUCCUGUGCUGAUUGAUUUAGAGGAUCAUCCUGGGGAGAAGAAGCUGCGCACAGAGGCUAUCAAAUUGCCAAUAGAAGAAAAACCGGUUCAGGAGAUGGCAGCGAAGCUUAAGGAGAGCAUGAAAAACCCAAAAUCUCCACUUGCGGCACGGAGUGCAUAUCAGCUCUUCCUCAGCAAGGAAUGCGCUCGGCUAAGAACCCUCCGAGGAGAGAGUCAGGAGGGCCAAAAUAUUCUGAGGGUAGCAAUUGACGCAUGGAGACAACUUACCAAGAAAGAGAAGGAGCCAUUUACUGAGGAAAGUAUAAAGGAUAGGGGAAGGUACGAGCAAGAGAUGGCUGCUUUGGCUGAGCAAGGGAAAAAGCCCGAUAAGAUUACCAAGAAAAAGAAAGCCAUUUUCCAGAAAACGCAAUAUAAGAACGGCAUUCACAAGAAGCACCUCGAUAAUGUCUACAAAGUCGUCAAUCUAAGUCCCUUAGAAGACCCCCUAGUUCUACGUGCAGAUCAAUCUGUGGUUGAAAUAGCCAUGGAGAUGACAAAGAAUGCACCGACAGACCAGCUGCUUCACUUCAACUGGGACGAGUUUUGCGGUUCACUUGAUAUAGCCAAGUAGUUGAACUAAGAAGCAGCAAUCUUUUGGUGGAGUUUGACCUCAGAAUGGGACCGAGGGUGACCUCGUUAGUUCGGCUUCGAGGUCAACAACGAGGUCGACACUUUCUUUUUGCCGAGGUCCCACCUAUUGCCAACUCGGAGUGUGUUUAGUUGAUGAUGGAGAUGCAACUCUCGUGUCCACUUCCUAAGUUGCUCUGUUUCUGUCUUGUUCAUAUGAUGCAUAGGACUAUGUCAAAUAGCUCUGUACAGGUUUGGACAUAUAGAGCCAUCGGAAGGCUUAAAAAUGCAUGGAACAAUGUAAUCUUUGCUUGCAUCAA